UUAUAAUUCUAGGAAUGGCAUGUUGCUUAUAUUAGCAUUUUAUCGCCAGUGCAGCAUUUCAUUUUCUUUAAAGCCUCAAUCGGCAGUUGUUCUCACUGAUAUAUCUCGAUUAAUUUUAGAACUGAGAGGGAAACUUGUUAGCAUUGUGUGAAACCGGCAGAAGAGUACUGAAUCGCAAUCAUCCAACGACUGGUUCACCAAACAGGAACAUUUCUGAUGCAAUAUAUUUGCUACUCCGUUAUUUAUCGGAAAAGACGAGGUUUUGAGAAGCUUCCAUCAGAUCUGGUCGAUGUAAACGUGAUAAGGAAAAUCCUGGUAUAGCUAUGGCAAUGAAUCCUUUAGGCACCCGAGUUGUUCGUGGUCAAGAUUGGGAAUGGGGAAACCAAGAUGGCGGAGAAGGUUUUGUAGGUACAGUAGCUCAAGUCGGAAAAGAUAAGAAGUCGCCUGCGACAGCACAGCUUGUUUAUGUACAGUGGGAUUGUGGAAGGAAGCACGACUACAGGGCUGGAAAGCAAGGGAAACACGAUCUUCGCGUUUUUUGUCUCACAAAUGGCGGUGAGUGACGAUUAGAGUUUCUUGCUAUUAAUCUUACUUUAAACGGAAAUAUUUGCCCAGAUUUAUCCAAACAACUCUAGCUGAAUGUUAUAUUCCUUAAAGAUAAAACGCAAUCGCUGUACUUCUGUGAGGAAAGCAAAUAAUGCAACAAUUUCAAUUUCAAUAUUCAACUGGAGUUGAAAUUCCGUGACAACCUUGAUCAAAAUUUAAAUAGCGAGCCUCGUUUCAUAUUUUAUACUUUCUCAUUAAAUGCUUCCCUUGCAAAAUUUUAGGUCGGCAAACUUUUCGAUCCACGCUUUGUUUUUUUUUAUUUCACAUAGAUUAAUUUGCAUACAGUUCGAACUCUCAGAUCACGGUUUUUUGACUUGUUAUGUGUAACAUUACUUCAUAACAACGCAGAUUUCUUACCUAUCAGCUUGCUUCCUAAGUGAAAGCGGAUAUAUUACAGCGUGAAUCUAAAUGUAUCACAAAAAGGUGCGUUCACCUAGCCACGAACCCAGAGCUAUAUUAUUAAGACAGAAAGCUAAAAGCUUGAAGCUAAACGUGAAAGUAGUUUGUGGUAAAAAUGACCUCGAAAGACCUUGGCCCUGAUAUAUUGAGUCUUCCCUGUUUUCCGAGAAUUUCAACUUGUUAUCAACUUGCUAUUAACUUGUUAUUGAUUUAGGCGGCCGAAAAAUUCCAGGAAGGCAAAACAAGUGAUGUAAAGAGGCUUCCAUUAACGUUCGAUGCGUUCACAACAACACUUCCAACUCAGUCUCAAACAUUAUCAAUUCAUGCGCGAGUCUCACUCUUGCCGUUAGAGAAAAGGUUUUGUAACAGAUCAGUAAACGUCUAGUCCGCAUUCUUUGAGAUGUCAAUCAACGCUUCCCAAGCUUCCCCCCCUCCCCACCCUCCUUCUUCAAAGGGAGGGAGGGGGUGGAGAAUUUAGUGACAUUAUGGCAUAAGCUGAGAUGGUAACUAUUGAACAGCUCAAUAUCAUAAUAUGCCGAGCUACGCCAAGCUACGGCCGACUUGUCCUUUACACAUGUUAGUAGAAUUCAUCGCACAAACUCGUGUAGCCACCAAAUAUCUUUUGCAAUUUCCGUUAGUCAUCAAAACAUAUGGGGCUGUUUUUGAGAACCAGUGGAACAUUUCCGGUAUUUUCGGACAUCUGUGUGUUUUGUUCAACGAAGUCGGACAGAGAAGGUUGUGUACAAGGAGAAUAUUUCCGUUAUUUUCGGAAACCUUCGUGCUUUGUUCGACGAAGUAAGACAAAGAAGAAUAUUGUGUACUGGGGACUGAACUGCAUGAGAUGCCAAGAACAUUUGUGAAUCCACAUGUAUGAAUAUCAUAUAUUAAAACUACGGAUUAAUAUUUUCACUGCUGCUUAAGUAGUGUUCAUCACUGCGAAGAUUACUCUCAUCUUCAUUUGUGAUGAUUCCACUUCACUCCUAAAGUGGCAUACCACUUCACCCCUAAACGUAAGGUAUCUCUCUAAUUCAUAUUCUGGUUACCUCUUCUAUUAGAUGCGAAACAUCUAUUUACUAGCUGCGAUGGUUGUAAAGAAGAUCCUAUCAAUGGACUGCGUUGGCACUGUUUAGAUUGUCCCAGCUAUGAUCUGUGUAGCAAGUGUUACAUGAACGAUGUCCAUGAUGUCAAUCAUCGCUUUGAACGAUUCGACAAGAGUCGCGCCAGAGGGUAAGUUGUCAAACAAACAGGUCAGCGGCCUGUGCGUCCAUGUAAACCCAUCGAUGCCAAAAGUGUUCCAUUGUCUUAAAUCAAAUUUAACUUCAUUAUCUUUUACCAAGAAGCAAAACGUUAUUUUGUCAGAACCCGAUCAUAUAUAACUUUAAUGUCUUACUCAAUAACAUUGUAUUAUCUGUUAAGUUUGCUUUCUUUCUCUUUUGUUGCUCUUUUUUUUUUUUAUGAAAAUUGACUUUAAAUGGAAAAGGAUCAGCUCUAAGACGUUACGGUUCCUCUGGUGGUCUAGCCUCUGAACUUUAAUAGUGAUUUAACAAUUUAACAACACUUUUGUAAGCAAUUAAAUACUUUUAGGUUUAUUUUAUUGUUCGUAGCUACAUUUUAUGUUUGUCACUAGUAGAAGAAAACAACAGAUUAUGAACUGAUAUUCUCUUAAAAAGUAUUAAUGAAUUAUAUAUUCAAUUGCAUCAUGUGAUGCAAAUUUACAGCAUCUGCGUUGGCAAAAGGCAAGGCGCCACUAAGCUUGAAGCCCGCGGAAUGUUUAAGGGAGCAAAAGUGACCAGAGGACCAGACUGGGAAUGGAAGGAACUGGAAAACCAACCUCCUAUGGAAGGCGAGGUUACUGAGGUCACCAGCUGGAGUGACGAGACUAUUAAUGAUGCUGUGCGAGUGAACUGGAACAAAGGACCAAAGGGGAACAUUUAUAGAUUAGGAACAAAUGGAAAGGUGACGCCGUGGGCUGAUGAACUAUUGCUUUAAUGUUAUUGUCAUUAGUAACAUUAUAAUUAUUAUUCUUAUUGUUAUAAUUUUCGGUUUUAUAAUAAUAAUAAUAAUAAUAAUAAUAAUUAUUAGUAGUAGUAGUAGUAAUAGUAGUAGUAGUAGUAGUAGUAGAAGUAGUAAUGAAAUCAAUUUGAUUUUAAUUAUAAACAGGGAUCCAAUUGAUUAAAGUUGUUUCUGUUGACUUUCUCGCAACUGUAUCUUGAAAAUGGUUUCAUCUUUGGCACCCCUAACCCUUUGUUACAUCUCGAAGAUCUUCUUACGCAGUUCAAGAACUCUAGAACUUAAUUCAACCACAACUUGAAACUGGGUCACCUUGGCAAUUUCUUGCAGUCAAAAAAUCCUACACAAAGGAUAUCUAGUCUAUACUUCUAUUUCCUCCCAACUGGUAGGUUGACCUCAAGUGUACUUCGCCAGCUGUUGGAGGAUCUUAUUACAGAGAUCACUUACCACCGCUUACAAUGCUGAUAAGAAAAUCCCAAAGUGGGUUUACGACUGGUGAUAAAGUCUACCUUCAGAAGCUUGCGGUAGAAAAGCUUCAGGAGUUAUCUGCUGGUCAUGGGGGAUGGAACGCAGACAUGGAAAGGGUUCGUUUAGGACUCGUUUUCACGGACUCAUAACACUAUCUAAAACACCCAGAAACAUUUUAAUGCUUAACCCUGAUUUGAGGCUCAGAGAUCCUGAAAGCCUCAGCAUUCAAUUCCUCAUAAGGUUUCAUUGGCCCUCCCCUAUGAGUGUAAAAUGUCCUUUGUCUCUUGCAUAUCCUCUCACAUUUAAGCCAAUUCAGUGAUGUGUCGUUAACAAAUCCCAUUUAGGAAACAGUUUACUUGUAUCCACAGUAUAUAGCAAAAAUUGGAGUCGUACAAGAUUUCACUACCAAUGGUGACGUUGUUGUAGAAUAUCGCGACACAAGAUGGCCUUACAAUCCAGCAGCUUUGACAAAGGUAAUGCUAACGCAAUCAUUUGUCACGCAAAGAGCUUCUUACUUCAAAUUAGUUAACUAUAUCGGUGUUAUGAGGGUGUCCUGAGUUUUUUUAAUGUUCGUAAACAUUGGCAAUCAAAUAUAUCAAAAGGAGUGGCUUAGAUGAUCAAGAAAUAUCUUACAUAAGUAACUUAAGUCAAAAUUUAUAUGGUUUUUCCAAAGUUAAAACACUCACAAUGUGCUAAAUUUCUGACUGCACAAAAUGGACGCCUUGUGAGUACUGAUAAUUUAAAGCAUAAUUAUUCGAUUAACUGGCCAACAGGAACAGGUAAUAUGGAGUGGGACAGGAAACACUCCAAUAGCUAGCUAAAGGACAUUCCACUGUUAAAUAUAUAUAUAUAUAUAUAUAUAUAUAUAUAUAUAUAUAUAUAUAUAUAUAUAUAUAUAUAUGUUGUUUUUUUUUUACCCAGAUACAAAAAUUUAAGCAAGGCGAUGAAGUCUUGGUUAAAAGUGAUGAGAACUUAGUCAAAGAGCUCCAAAAAGAACAUGGAGGAUGGAACGAGUCCAUGAUAUCAGUAAGUUUAAAUUUUGUCUCCACUACACAACAAAUAACACAGUAGUAUACACCAAAUAAGUUUAUUUAGGGAAGCCUGCCGAGAACCAACCUAAGGCAUAUAUAGCCCGGGGCAUGCAUACAUACAUAUAUUCGCAACUGAUAUACCAUAUACAAUCCUGAUAUACAGUCAAUUCCUUACACAUUUAAAAAAAAAGGUAUACAUUACUAACAUGCAAACUUCACCAAGUCUGGAUUAACAGAGAUGGGCAACCGCUUACAAGGACAUAACUACGGUUAUACAGAGGCCAGAAAAAACCUGCCAGAAAAAUUCCCUUUAGGGAAAAAACAUGACAGGAAAUCUGCGUCGGAACCAUGGCCCAAACUCAGAGCAGUUGGCAGCCCAUCCUACGAGGCUUCACAGCUAAAGAAAAUAUGUUUUCAAACUAAAAUAAAUUUGUCAUCAGCCAGAGGUGAACGGUUGGUUCUGAGGCCUAGAUGGACACCACGUGCUAUACUUUCCCUUAUAUACCACUGCAUCAUUGCCCAUGAUGCUCGGGCCUAAGGCCCAGGCCUUGUCGUAUCUCGUGCCGACAAAAUAUUUAUUUCUGCCUUAUUCGCAGACUCAUUCGUCAGAAAUACCAUUUUUUUUUUAAAUUUUCUUUCAAUGUUUAUAUAUUUUCUCAUUUUUUACUUAAGUUGUUAUUUUAGGCUUUCACUUGGACGUAAACGCAAACUCCUGUGGGCAUGUGCGGAAGUUAGAGAUGUAAACUAAAAGAAGCUAGAGGGGUAAACGAUACACGCCACAACUCUGGAGCCAAUUAUACGUCUACCUCCACAAACCGUUGAAACAAUAAGCAGUUUUAAACAGGAUAAUAUCCUAUUUUAAUCCAUUUGUAGAUCCUUGGUCGCACUGGAAAGGUAUUGGCGGUUGAUAGUGAUGGUGAUGUUUUAGUGUCAGUAGAAGGCACCAGAUGGAUGUUGAGCCCGGCUGCUGUGACCUCUGUCACUGACCCAGAACCCCAGCAGUUAACAGAGGCAGGUGACGUGGGCAGCGAAGAUCCCUUAGGUAAAGUUAUGGCACAAAUGUAUUGAAAGUUAAAGUAAAAAUGGCCAAUCUAGGUCAGAAGAGAAAAACCUCUAAAGCGCGUGAAACGUCAGUGACUAGGUCGUCAUUAGCUACAACUAUGCGUCUGAUUGGCUAAAAUGAUGGCAUAAUAAGUAUACUGCCAUAAGUAUAAUUAUCCUCACCAAUCCUUUUGUCAUUUUUUCUCCAGGGCUUUUCAGUCUCUUUAGAGACUUCCUACGUCAAGCUCAGGAACAGGAGGACCCCGGCCUUGUGAUUGCUGCACAGAGCAACAACCUCUCAAGACUCAGGGAAAUCUUGGACGCCAACCCAGAACGGGUACCUUUUUCCUUUCAUCUCUUUUACUUUUGCAAAGGGCAUUUGCAAGUCUGAACAGUUUUCUUAAAUCAAAGCAAAAUGAUAAAUAUGAGCAUAAGAAGAGAACUGUGUAACUUAGGUUUUAGUAAACAGUGAUAUUUAAAAGGAUAAGAUUUAAGACACAUCAUUGUAAUAUCAAUUUAUGAUUUAGAAUCAAAUUUGAAAUCGGUGGCGUUUUAGAAAAUUUGCCAUGAUCAAGGGUUUGUGUCUUUCGUUCUGCACAGAUUGACGAGCUGGAGGGUGGUCACACAGCUCUUCAUGUUGCAUGUCACCAGGGGCAUUGUGAAAUCAUUAGAGAAUUGCUUGAAAGAGGAGCUAACAUGGAUGUACUGGUGAGUAGUCAUAAUUUUCUUAUCAUUACCGUUAUUUUUUGCCCUGUUAAAAUUAUUGUAAUCACUGGUGUUGCACGAGGAAGAAAACCAACCAACCAACUUUUGUCGUGGUUGUCGCAUGAUCGACAAGCAUAUGUUAUUAUUUUGACAUGCAUUCGUAUUCUAUUUAUCUAAGUGUUUCAGGAGAGAACCUCCUCAUUCAUACUUUUAUUUACUCAAAAUACAGGAUAAUCAGGGAUACACAGCCAUGCAUCACUCUACCUACCAGUAAGUUGACAUAUAAAAAAAGUAAUUCUAAGUUAGCUAGUCAAACAUAUAAUUAUAUUCCCAGAUUUAUUUCGUUGUGCUACGCCAAGCGAUUGCUUCCGAAAAGUUAAGCUAUCCUCUCAAUAGAAAAACAAAGAACGAAAACCACUGAAAACGAAGUAACUCUUGCUGUGCUUUAAUUCGACAGCAUGUGAUUGUUCUUUGUGUUCAUCUAUCCGCCAAGACAUUAUUGCAUGCUCUCACUGGCCAUGAUUGCUUAGCUUUUGGUUUUACGACACUUGCAGGAGCCAACGCAAACCAACUGCAUGUUAUUGCUCAUACAUUUUCCCUUAUAACAGUCACGUGAACAUUCUUAGGAAAGCAAAAUAAGUAACCCCUAAGUUUAACAAAAACGCAAAAAUGCCCGAUGUUUUGUUGCACUCCUAUCCUUAUGACCAUUCAGAGACGAAAGCGGUGAAGCAUUGAAACUGUUGCUGGAGAGAGGUUUCGACCCAAAUGUUCAACACAGAAGUAAUAGGAGCACACCAUUACAUUUGGCUGUGAAAAGGAAAAACGAAACGGCAGUACAGAUCCUGACACAGUGCUCUGAGUGUGACGUCAAUCUACAGGUACGUUGGUUCCUUUGAUGAUAUCAGUUCUCCUGGGGAUACAAACUCCUGAUGCUUUCUCGACUGUCCGACUAAUUUAGCAAACAUUGCACAUAUUAUUAAGAAGCAUUUCCUUCUAAAGUUUAAAACUAUGUUGCCCUUUGUUUAUUUAAACUUACAUAAAAAGUCUAAGACUUGCCGUUGGAAAGUCCUAAGACUCAACUGUUUUGGCUGCUGCACUGGACUAUUUGAAGUUUGCACCCAUUCGUGUUGUUUUCAUUCUACCAUUUUCGUGCUCAAUUUGACAAUUUUCAGGACGAGGCAGGUGAUACCCCUCUCCAUGAUGCCAUCCUUGCAGAAUACCACAACAUGGUGGAUAUGCUGUUAGAGUGUCCAAGAAUUUGUUACACACUUUGUAACAGAAAAGGUUUCAAUUAUCUUCAACACGCUGUUUUGAAAGGAAAUAAACGGUAAAUAUGCCAAAAAUAAUCACAUCACUACUCGGUUUGACAGCUUAAUUAAAGGAAAAGUACUACAGCUAACUAAUUCAGGUGCUUGGCAUCUGAUGGAUCAUUAGUACCCAGACACAAGAAAUAUUGUUCAACUGAUCGUCGCAGUUUCGAGACGACUGGGUAAUACUUGUGAUCAUAGGGAAGCUAAAAAGCUCAUACGCAAACUAAGGUCUAACCUGAAGUUAAUGAUCUUUCUGAUCGUUGGGGUCGUUGGUCAUCACUUGGCCUGGUUUUAUAUAACUUGGACAACUGGGACAAUGAGUGAUCAGGAGGAGACCAGACCAAACAUCGGUUACAAAAUUACUCUUAUGCUGUUACCUAUAUUCGCUUUGACAUUCAAUACAACAUUAAUCUAUUGUUUCAUUUUUUACAGCGCCGUGGAAAGAAUUUUUGCCAAAACCGGGAAUUCUUUGAAUGUUGUCAAAGAUGAUGGGUUUACGACCCUUCAUAUUGCAGCAAUUAAUGAUCAUCGUGAGAUAGCUAAGAUCCUUUUAACAAAGGUAAUUUUAUAAAAAAAAUUUAUCUAUUUUUUUCCAUUUUUUUUUAAAUUUAAACUUUUUUUUCGCGCGUAAGACUCCUUGUGUGGUUAAACUGCUUAAAUAAAUUUGAGUGUCGUAAGUGUUCAAUCUCAGAUCGGAAUAUGACUUUGUGCAUGUGGUUAGCUGGGAUAUUUAACAUUACUAUUACGUCUAUUAUCCAAUUGUAAACAGUGACCCAGGCAGAUCUCAAUGGUAAAGAAUCCGGGUCUGGGGUCCAGACUGCUAGCCGUCAGGCCACUGCGUAUUCUUGCUAUCGACAACUUUAACAAAAGUUUAAAAAACCAUUUUAAUGAUCAUCUGAAUUCUUACUGAUAAAGAUACUUUGAUAAUUAGAGUAUAUGUUUUAUCUAACAGCCAGAGUGUGAGGUCGAUGCUGUAACCGCUAAAAAUCAACCGGCGCUUCAUUUAGCCGCUAAUGAAGGGUAUUCAGUCAUGGUAGGAAUGUUGUUGGACCACGGAGCCAAUGUGAACUCGGUGGAUGAUGACGGAGAUACAGCGCUUCAUAUGACUUUAAUGAAGGAACACGCACUACAGAGAAAUCUGGGGGUAAUGAAAAAUGAGUAGCUUCAUAAAAUACCGUGCUGUGAGUCUGUUCGUGGCGUUCAGUCUGUAAAACAAAGCUCGAUAAUAAAAAGCGCUGUAGUUGCGGAGGAGUGAAGGGGUCAGGUCACGUAUACCUUUGCCUUUUCACUCCUCCGCCACUAGGACUUCUUUGGUCAUUACGCUCUGUUUUACUGACUGAACGCUUGGAACAGGCCAACAGAAUGUCGAAGGAAACAUCGUAUAUUUUAUCUCACUUUUUCUUCCUUUAAGCACGAGAGGAUUAGUAAUGUAAAAUAGUCAUAACAUGGUUGGCUAUGCAUGUGUCGUUACUUUACCAGGACGUUUAAAGGCAACUCCAAAAUAAGCUCAUGUGUCGAUUGCAUCGGUUUAGACUAUAAUACUGUUGUAAAGUAAAGUUACUGUUAUUUUCUUGCUUCAAGCGAUGUUGUUGUCUAACUUCGUAAAACCGACUAGGUAAGGAACGGAGAUCGACAAAUAAUUUCUACCAUCUACCACACCUUUGCCAAUCAUCCGCCCAAUUAACUUUGCUAUGACGUCACGGUAGUGCUGCGAUCUCAAAUAGGUUCUCACACUGAUUGCAAUAAGUACGACUGAUGCAAAUGGAAAGGUGAUCAGUUGGUUCUCUGUUAGAGUCUGGCCUUCUACACUGAUUAGUGCUGUUUUAUUUUAGUCUGGUCUAGAGUUUCUAUUUGGAGUACGAAAGAGCAGUGCGUCCUUUGUUGCUGUCUCGCGCUGCUUGUUAAGCCAUGGAGCUGACGUGUUGAAAGUCAAUGGUUCAGGGAAAACACCGCUAGACAUGUGUCAAGGAUCAGAAGUUGAGCAACUCAUUCGGAAUAUUGCAGCCGGUGGAGGGUAUUCAAAUGCUUUUGAUUAUUUUUUGAUAUCUGUAGUACGCCUUUCUAUGUUAUAGUAGAGCGGAUUCUCGCCUCCAAAACACCUAAAUGCAGACGAAAUUUUUAUCCUGGUAACAAAAAAUGUCUCCGUAUCUCUUGCCUGAAUCAAAGGCACAUUACUACUAAGGGGACAAAUAUUCAGUGCGAAGGAUGCCACCUGAAUGAAAGCCUUUUCAGUGCGUGUGGAAAUUGCGUUUACAUGAUAUCUAAGUAAAUUCUACUUUGCUUAUCAACUGUAGGACCAUACACGACAAGAAAGUUCCAAGUUUUGGAUCCUCGAGCGGGUCGCUGACCGACCCUGAAUUAGGCGAUGCUUUAUCUUCAGCAAAUGCAGCGACACAGGUAGGCGAAGCUGAAAAAGAUUAUGAAAAUCAAACACAUAGUACGAGUAGCACAGAUGAGGCGGAAGAUACGUUUUUACGGGGCGUAAUAAAGGACUUGUGUAGAGGAGAUCAAGAAGACAUUAAGGUUGGCGAAACGGCUGAAGGUGUAUCACAGGAAACAGCCCUUGUGGAAAAUGUGCUGUCUAAAGGGAAACACAUUGUGUCGCGUUAAAAGUUCAAAAGGAGUCCUAAAGCACUAAAGAAAUACCAUUUUGCUUCAGUAAGAAAAAACUACAACGAGGAUGAUCCUAAUACGUUUAGUUGUCUUUCUGUAACAACCACACUAUAACAGGUCUAAAGCGCUCAUUCUUUCAUUAACAGGCGGACAUCAGCCUCGUGAAUGCCGUGCAAAGCAACAAUCUGUCAAGAGUCAAGGAAAUCUUGGAUACUAACCCAGAAUUGGUACCUUUUUUCUUUCAUUCCUUUUACUUCUACAGUUAGUUUCAACAGUUUUCUUUAAUCAAAGCAAUACAAGAAAUAUCAGCAUAAGAAGAGUAAUGCGUAACUUAUGUUUUAGGAAAGAGCGAUAGCUAAAAGGAUAUAUUUUUUAAACUGCUGGAAUCAAAUUUGAAUUUCGUGGCGUUUAAGAAAAUUUGACAUGAUCAAGGGUUUGUGUCUUUUCGCUCCGCACAGAUUGAUAAGCUAGUGGGUGGUCACACAGCUCUCCAUAUGGCAUGUCGUCAGGGGCAUUGUGACAUCAUUAGGGAAUUGCUUGAGAGAGGAGCUAACAUGGAUAUACGGGUGGGUAACGAAAGUUUUUGUUCAAUCCAGUACUUUUAACCAUCACUGUAAUUUUUGCCCUGUUCAAAUUACUGUAAUUGUUAGUACUGGUUGAGGAGGAUAACAAAGAGAUGCAUGAUCGACAAGAUUAGGUUAUUAUUUUUACAUGGUUAUGUUCUACAUAUCUCAGUGUUUCAGGAGAGGAGCCUUCUUUGUCAUAUUCUUUAAUUUUUCUCAAUACAGGAUAAUCAGGGAUACACAGCCAUGCAUCAUUCUACUUAUCGGUAAGAUGACCGAAAUAUCAAAGUAAUGUUAAAUUAGCUGCGAAACUGAGAAAUCUAAGAUUGCUUUAGUUUUUCUUUCCUUCUCAAAGCGAUUGUUUUCGAAAUCUUCAGCCAUCACAUCAACCAAUCGAUAAAAAAAAUUACCCACCAUCAGUAACUUUUGCUCGAGCUACUGUCGAUAGCAUGUUUUUGUUGUUGUUAUUGUUUAUUUAUCCAUCAAGAUGUUCAUCUUUGUUCUGACUGGCUCUGAUUACAUUCACUUUUGUAUAAUGACAACCCAACAAGCACCAUUUACAAGCUAUGGUUCAUAUGUUUUUCUGUAUGUUGUUGUUGUUUUUGUUGUUUUUUUUUUCUAUGACACAGAAAAACUCAAUAAGAAACUCCUUAAAUUAAUGGAGAAUUUCUAAAAUGCCUGGUGUUUUUAUUGGACAUAUAUCCUCUCGAUCAUUUAGAGACGAAAGCAGUGAAGCAUUAAAACUUUUACUGGAGAGAGGUUUUGACCCAAAUGUUCAACAUGGAAGUAAUAAGAGCACACCAUUACAUUCAGCUGUGCAAAAGAAAAACGAAACGGCAGUACAGAUCCUGACACAGUGCCCUGAGUGUGACGUCAAUCUACAGGUUCGUGGGUCCUUUGAAGAUAUCAGUUCUCUUGGGAAUACAAAUUCCUGAUGCUCUCUUAGUCGACUGGCCGACUAAUUCAGCAAACAUGGGACAUAUUAUUAGACGCAUGUCGUAGUCAAAUUUAAACCCAGUUCGACUGCUCGUGAAAAACAUGAAAAAUCUCUAAUCGGUUAAUGAAAGGCACAAGAUAUAUAUUUGUUUCGACUUUGCUCGACUUCAAAUGUCUCUGUACCGGACUGCUGGACGUUUGUUACAAUUUUAGAUUUUUUCAUACCAUCCUUUUUGUGAUAAACUAUACUGCUACCAAACUGCUAAUCAAAAUAAUGUAUAAAAAGUCGAGUAGUAUCACGUGGCUCCUUAUAUCACGCUUCGACUCAUUUUCAGGACGAGGCAGGUGAUACCCCUCUCCAUGAUGCCAUCCUUGCACAACAUCACAGCAUGGUGGUUAUGCUGUUAGACUGUCCAAGAAUUUGUUACACUCUUUGUAACAGAAAAGGUUUCAAUUAUCUUCAAUACGCUGUUUUGAAAGGAAAUAAACGGUAACUAUGCCAAAAAUAACUUUAUUGAUCGCUACUCAGUUUGACAGCUUAAUCAGAGCUUAAACAUAGCCGACUGAUUCAGGUGUUAAGCAUCUGAACACUGAAUGAUGUACCCACACGAAAGGCCUAAUGUUCAACUGAUCGUCGCAAUUUUCGAGACGAUUGCGGCCGGGACAUACUUGCCCUCAUAAGAAAACUAAGUUUAUGUGAAUCUGACCCAAUUGGAAGUUCAUGGUCUUCCAAAUCGUUAGGGUCGUUGGCUUGGUUUUCAUAUGAUUUGGGCAAUUGGGGCAAUCUGAGUGAUCAGGAGGAAACCAGACCAAAUCUCAGUCUCAAAAUAAUUGUUAUGCUGUUACCUAAGUUAAUUGCUUUGACAUCCAGAGUAUCCUAAAUCUUUUUUGUCAUUUAUUUGCAGCGCCGUGGAAAGAAUAUUUGCCAAAACCGAGAAUUCCUUGAAUGUUCUCAAAGAUGAUGGGUUUACGACACUUCAUAUUGCAGCAAUUAAUAAUCACCUUGAGAUAGCUAAGAUCCUGUUACAAAAGGUAACAUAAUCUAAAGACUCGUGCAAGACUCGUUGUAUGGUUUAAAGUGCCUUUGUGAGAAUUUAAGGAGUGUCGCUUGUGUUCAAUCCAAUACGGAGUAUAACGUUUUGCGUGUGGUUAGUUGGGGUGAUAACCACAAAACUAGGGGUUACUAUUACACCUAUUCUUCCCCUGUAAAAACCAGUAACAAGAGGUGAUAUCUAAGGCCAGCGGUUCACUGCAAACAAUUGAUUGCUUUAAGGCUUACGUGUAGGUGUUGCAGUGGCCAAGUGACCAACAAACUAAUAUCCUUGUUUCCCGCACAUUGUUCAUCAACACUUCUUUGGCUGAGAUGCUACUCCGUCAUACAUUCCAUGAACUUCGCCAAGAUGUCCUCUCCUGGCCAGUGGGAGGCGCUUUAGAAGACAACAUAGUGGCCAGGCAGAUCUUGUCACCAAAACGGCUCGGUCUAGAGUCCAACCGCUGACCUUCAGGCCACUGAGUAUUAUUUUCAUUGACAACUUUAACAAAAGGAGUUUUCUAAACAUUUAAAUUAUGAAUCUAGAUGCUUACUGAUAAGGGUACAUUAACGAUGAGAGAAUAUAUUUUUAUCUAAUAGCCGGGGUGUGAGGUCGAUACUCCAACCGCUGAAAAUCAAUCAGCACUUCAUUUAGCUGCAAAUGAAGGGUAUUCGGUCAUGGUGGAACUGUUGCUAGACCACGGAGCCGAUGUGAAUGCAGUGGAUAAUGACGGAGAUACAGUGCUUCAUAUCACUUUAAUGAAGGAACACGCACUACAGAAAAGUCUGGGAUCGAUGGUAAAUAAGUUCAUAAAGUUUAAUCUGUCGAGCUUUUCCUCCCUUUUAGCGUGAGAAAAUAAGUUAUGUAAAAUAGUCAUGAAAUGAUUUGGAUAGUUAUGCAUGUGUCGUCCGUUUGAGGUGUAAAGGCUUUUCAAAAACUAGCGUUUGUGUUGUUCACAUCGGUUUGGACAAUGAUGCUGUUGUGAAGUAAAUUUACUGCAGUUUUAUUUCUUCAAGCGAUGUUGCUGCUCAGCGUCGAAAAAACAACUAAGUGGGGAACGUAGAUAAGCAAAGAAUUUCUACCAUCUACCUCACCUUUUGAGAAUCGUCUUCUUAAUUCAUGAUCUCACCGUAGUGCUGCGAUCUGAAAUAGGUUCUCACACUGCUUGCAGUAAGUACAACUGAUAUAAAGGGAAAGGUGAUCAGUUGGUUCUUUAUUAGUGUCUUUGGCCUUCUACACGGAAUAGUGUUGUUUUAUUUAAGCCUGGUCUGGAGUUACUACUUGGUGAACGAAAGAGCAGUGCGUCCUUUGUCGCUGUCUCGCGCUGCUUGUUAAGCUAUGGAGCUGACGUGUUGAAAGUUAAUGGCUCAGGGAAAACACCGCUGGCCAUAUGUCGAGGAUCAGAAGUUGAGCAACUCAUUCGAAAGAUUGCAGCCGGUGGAGGGUAUUCAAAUGCUUUUUGUAUAUAUUUUUAAUAUCUAUAUACCUCGCUUCUAAAACACCUAUAUCCCGAUCACAAUUAAGAACAUUCUCUCGCUAGUCUCCGUAUCUCUUGCCUGAAUUUAGUCCCUUUCACAUAUAUGAUAUUUAACGGAAAAUUAUACUUUGUUCAACAACUGUAGGACAACACACAACAAGAAAGUUCCAAGUUUUGGGUCCGUGAGCGGGUCGCAAACCGAACCUGAAUUAGGAGAUGCGUCAUCUUCAGCGAGUGCGGCGACACUGACAGGCGAAACUGAAAAAGAUGAUGAAAAUCAAACAGAUAGUACGAGUAGCACAGAUGAGGCAGAAGACACUUUUUUGCGUCGCGUUAUAAGUGACUUGUGGAGUGGAGAUCAACAAGAAUCAGUAUCACAGGAGACGUCAGACGAGAUGGAGAGUGAAGACGUUCAAGAAGGCGAAAGAGCUAAAAGUGUACCACAGGAAACGGCCAUGGUGGAAAAUACAAUGGUGGAAGACAAAUUGUGUCAGGUGAAAAGUUCAUGCGAAGUUUUAAAAGCACUUAUGUGAUACCAUUUCAUAUCGGUAAAUAAAAAUUACAACAGGGAUAAUCCUUAAAUGUGUAUUCUGGAAGCAUCAUAAGAAGUCUGACGCCCUCAAUCGCCUAUUGCUUUUAAACCUUCUGUUUUUAUCUGUAUUAAUUAUGACGAUGGUUUUCUCGAAUAUUGUACAUAAUAGUGUCAAAAUAUUACAGAAAGGCCUUCUAUUUUAGACAGGACGGUUGUUGGGGGUUUUCCGAUCAUCUCUCUUACAUUCAUUUUGAUUCGUGAGCUGGAUAAGUGGUGUUACUCAUUCAAAAUUCUUUUUCGAAGAUACCUUUUUGUUCUAGAUAAGAAAAAAUGACACUUUACUAGACUGAAAUGCUUUAUUAGGACUCGCUUUUGGUAUAAACUCUCUUACAUCUAUAGUUUAUCAAAGGAGUUGAGUUUAUCUGAUUUUUUUGUUUACAAGGAGAAUGUGGUGCUGGAAGUGACUAAUAGAGUUGAAGUGGAAACCUGGGCCUCAGACAUCUCAAACAACAGCGCUGUUCAACCUGCAGAAAUGCUAGAGAAAAAUACCGACACAGAAAUGGACGAUAGUGAGGGCCUACCAUCACAAACACAACUAGCAGACGACGAUGUAAAUAUGGAUCAGGAGACAGAAAAUGAAGAAAAAAAUCCAUCGACACCUGAUCGUCAAAAAGUGCUGUGUUACAUAUGUGAGGAGACUGAGGCUGUUGUUACAUUCAAACCCUGUGGUCACACUGUUGUAUGUACAGGUAGCUCUGCUUUUUGUGUUAGUUGCUGUAUUUUUUUUCUGUGUUCAUCAAUCGAAUUUUGAAAUAAUUCUAAGUUUGAAUUAAUUCAAGCGUCGUUCAUUGAAAAUUGUCUCGAAAAAGAAAGCAACUUUGAAAUACCAGUUUCCUUGAGAAGACAAUCGCGAAAAGGUAAGAAGGAUUCUAAGAGGAACGACCACGAUUAAGUGUGGAGAAGAUUAACACAGUUUGAAAAAGGCAUCUUGAUCUUGGUACCUGUUAACGUAAUAAUAUAUUUGCAGAAUGUGCAGCCCGAUUAAAGAGAUGUUUGGAGUGUAAAACGCCUAUUUCUGGUAAAGGAACGAGAGGUAACUUGCUUAGGGUUUUUCUUUGGAUGUUGCCCUUUGCUGCCGAGGUGUGGCUGAUGUAGCUAAAACUAAAAUUUCAAGCUUUCGACGAUUCAUAAUAUCGAUCCACGGCAUAUCAUCUUGAUGAUGACAUGGAUCGGCGAAAGCUUGAAAUUUUAAUAUCUACUCCUAACAAAGAGGAGACGGGGUAAUUUAGUAUCAUCAACUGAGUUGAUAACGUAAAUUGACGUUGCGAGCGUUAGCCCUUCGCUCUGACGAAGGACUAACGACUAAUGCAGCACCACAGCUUCUUUGGAAACUUACCCCCUUUAGAGAAGAGACUGGCCUAACUUGAACCUUACUAUUACACCUUCAUAUCCAUAACCAAGCUUGCUCUUCCUUUCACUUUUCCUCUGAACUGUCCGCAAGUUAUCAUUGCUAAAAAGAUGCUGUUGAUGAUGCUGAUAAUACUGAUGAUGAUAAUAAUAAUAACAAUAAUAAUGAUGAAAAUAAUUAUUAUAAUAGCAAUAGUAAUAAUAUUUCAUGAGGGAACCAAACUCGCCAAGGCCGUUUUCAGCUGGGCCCUCAAAUGAUAUGUCGGGUAGUCUUGGGUUUUUUUUAUUCUUAACCAGUUUUCAUGUCUUGUUGAAUUUAAUUUUCAUUUUAUUUGGAUUAUUCUGAGCUUUCGCAAAUAUGCAGAUUUUAAGAGCAAGAAAAAAAAGGUUCUUUGUCACCUUCGAAAUAAUACCAUAAUUUGGUUUGCCUUGGGAGAAAUUGGCUGAAAAUAUUAUUGAAUUCAGUUCGCUCCAAAUCUCUUCGCAGAUGGUAACCCAAUCAUUGGAAUUAACAACAAGUCCUUGGUCUCGCAAUAUCAGCAACUUGAAGUAAAGUUUCGGAAAUUGGAGGAAUCCGUUGUGUGUUGUAUUUGCGUGGAAAGGAAGAAGGACGUCUUUUUCCGCUGUGGUCACGGCGCAUGUCAGUUUUGUGCAAAGCAGCUUAGUGUCUGCCAUAUUUGCAAAAAGCCCAUUGAGAUGAAAAUACAAAUAUUUUAGUUGUGCGUGGUGCCCUGGCGGC